CCGGCGGGGGAGUCGGCUGGCUGGCUGGCUGGCUGGCUCGCACGCUGGCUGGCGGGGAACAUGGCUGAAGUCGGCGAGGACGGGCGCGGCGGCGGCGGCAGCGGGGCCGGAGCCUUGGUGGCGCUGCGCUCGGCGCCCUGCAGCCCCGCCGCGCCCCAGCCCUUGCCUCCGCCGCUGCCUCCACCGUUGCUGCUGCCGCUCGUCCCCGCGCCUUCCUCCUCCUCGGCCUCCUCUUCCUCCUGCGGGGUGCCGCUGGCCCGGCUGCAGGGCCGCGACUUCGAGUUCCUGAUGCGCCAAGCGGCGGUGAGCAUCGGGCGCAACUCGUCGCAGGGCGCGGUGGACGUGCACAUGGGCCACUCCAGCUUCAUCUCCCGCCGCCACCUGGAGCUGGCCUUCCGCGCGCCCCACUUCUUCCUCCGCUGCCUCGGCAAGAACGGCGUCUUCGUCGACGGAGCCUUCCAGCGGCGGGGCGGGCCGCCCCUCCAGCUGCCCCCGCAGUGUGUUAUCCGGUUUCCCAGCACAGUCAUCAAAAUCCAGUUCACAUCCCUCUACCAUCGAGAGGAAGCCAGAGAGGACACGGCGUCUCCUCCACUCCGACCACUCUACCCCCAGAUCUCGCCGCUUAAGAUCCACAUUCCAGAGCUGGAUCUGCAGAAUUUGGUCAGCCCCCUGCCUUCUCCUACUGGCACCAUCAGUGUCCCUAAUUCCUGCCCGGCUAGUCCUCGAGGUGCUGGUUCCUCAGGUUAUCGCUUUACCCACAACGUUACCUCUGACCUCCAACUGGCUGCCGAAUACGCAGCAAAAGCUACUUUGGAGCAGCAGACGGACGCCUCCGGUGGAGACAGCCCAAAGGACGAGUCCAAACCACCGUAUUCCUACGCCCAGCUCAUUGUUCAAGCUAUCUCGUCAGCUCAGGACAAGCAACUAACACUAAGUGGCAUCUAUGCUCACAUUACAAAGCAUUAUCCGUAUUACAGGACAGCAGACAAAGGUUGGCAGAAUUCCAUUCGGCACAACCUGUCCCUGAACCGAUACUUUAUUAAAGUCCCCCGUUCUCAAGAAGAGCCGGGAAAGGGGUCCUUUUGGCGGAUAGACCCUCCCUCGGAAGGCAAGCUAGUGGAGCAGGCAUUCCGAAAACGGAGGCAAAGGGGGGUGUCCUGCUUCCGAACCCCGUUUGGACCUCUCUCUUCCCGGAGCGCGCCCGCCUCCCCUACUCACCCCGGCCUGCUUUCUCCCCACACGAGUGGCCUACAGACUCCAGAGUGUGUGUCGAGGGAAGGCUCCCCGAUUCCUCAUGACCACGAUUUUGGUUCCAAGCUUGCUUCUGUCCCCGAGUAUCGAUAUUCACAAAGUGCUCCUGGAUCUCCCGUAAGUGCCCAGCCGGUGAUCAUGGCUGUUCCUCCCAGGCCUUCUGCGCUGGUGGCCAAACCAGUCGCCUACUUGCCCGCCUCCAUCAUGACCUCUCAGCAGCCUUCAGGUCACGCAGUUCACGUGGUGCAGCAAGCCCCCACUGUUACAAUGGUCCGAGUUGUGACGACUUCGGCAAGCUCAGCCAAUGGCUACAUCUUGACCAACCAGGGGCCAGCUGGGAGCACCCAUGACGUGGCAGGGACUGUCCUCGACUUGGCUGGGUUGGACGACAAACCCACAUCCCUUUGCUGCUGGCCAUGAAGAUGACCAGCCAGCUUUUGGAAGGAGGAACUGGCUCCGUUCCUGGAUGAGACCAACCUGAGGUUGCUUCCUGGUGAUGGGUUAGAACUUCCCUGGUGCCUUCUCAGUUUCUAAGGACUCCUGGAUCCCGCUUCACCGUUUCCUAGCACACCGGGGUGUCUUUACCGUCGAUGACAAACGUUGUCUCCGUCAGAACAUCUCACAUCUUGGUUUAUUAAAACCAUUCAUGGUCUA